UUAUAUUGAGUGUAAGUUUAUAAUAUUAUUAUUUGUGUUAUAUUACCCUGGAAUUCGCUUUAAAAAAUGAAUUACCACAGCUGCGAGUGGGUUACAGCUGCUGAGAGAGUGACAGUCAAUUUGGCAUCUUCUCCCAUUUUACUGUCUUAAUCCACCGCUCUGUUUUCUUCCUCUUCUGGAAAGUUAUUCAUAUGUAAUAGUGGAUUUUUUUAUUUUGCUCUUGGAGCAAAUGGAGACCAACUGUGGAGCAAUUUACCUGGGCAGUUCGCACACAGGUGUUGAAUUUCAGGAAGAGAGGGGUUGGCCUAUCGGUGUUUUGAGUUGAAUCUGAAAAGUAGACUGUCAAGAUUUUCCUCGGAAUCCUGAAUCUACCUGGUAUUUUGAACCAGCAGCAUCUUUAACUGUGAUUUAAAGCAAAACCUUUAAAAAUGAGUAAAAUUUCAAAGAUUUUUAAAGUGAGCUCUUCAAGCUCGUCCAGACCCAGUUCUAGUUCUGGAUCUGAUUCAAGCUCUAGAUCUCGGCACCACCGGUCCCGGUCUGGUCCAGCACCCCAGGAGGCCAUCCACAGACUGAGAGAGACAGAGGCGAUGUUAACUAAAAAACAGCAAUACCUGGAGAGCAGAAUCGAGCAGGAGAUCACGAUUGCCAAGAAGAAUGGCACCAAAAACAAAAGAGCUGCACUUCAGGCUCUUAAGAGGAAGAAACGCUUCGAGCAGCAGUUAACGCAGAUCGAUGGGACCCUGUCCACCAUUGAGUUCCAGCGAGAGGCCCUGGAGAACGCCACCACAAACACGGAGGUUCUGAAGAACAUGGGUUACGCUGCCAAAGCCAUCAAAGAGGUUCACCAGAACAUAGAUCUGGAUAAGAUAGACUCCCUCAUGCAGGACAUUACAGAACAGCAGGAAGUAGCUCAGGAGAUCAGUGAUGCCAUCUCACGACCUUUUGGUGACCAGUUUGAUGAGGAUGAAUUGUUGGCAGAACUGGCAGAGUUGGAACAGGAAGAACUAGAAGAAAGUAUGAAAAAUAUGAGCAGAUUACCAAGUGUUCCAACAACCAAACUACCCAGCACAAGACCAAGCCACCGUGCAACAUCCAAGAAGAGAACGGAGGAUGAUCAUGAUAUGAGGAGGUUGGCUUCCUGGGCUUCCUAGAGAGCAGUACACACAUUCUUUCUCUCUCUUUUCACUUUUCUACUUUUAAUUCUCUUGCACAAAUAUAUGCAUUCUCAAAUUCAUAGACAUGCACUGCCAAGAAUUUGUGUCACACUGUUAGAACUUUUUUUUUUUUUUUUAAAUAGAGAAAUUAAGUUGAGACAUGAAGCUGAGUAUUUAUAUUGUUAUAUCUGUGAGUUGAUCUUUAAAAUGAAGGAUUACUUUUCUGGAGACAACUUUGUGUAAAUACUAGUAGCAGAAUUUUAUGAAUGAAGGAUCAUAAACUGUUUAUUUUUAAUUAAAUGUAAAUGUCGAAUAGUGCAGUUUGGAUGAAAAUAAACUGAUA